AUGGGGCAACCAUUGCACUUUAAGGUUAGGAAUGCUGCGGUGCGAGAUUGGGACAGCAGGGCUUCCGAUUGGGAUAGCAGCCCAGGUAGCAAGCAAAAGAACAUGUCUACUAUGUUAUCAAACGAGGCUCAACUACGCUAUAUGAUAGAAUGGUUUCGAGAAUGGUCUGAUAUGCAGCGAAACGAUUUUUUGGGCGUACUGCUGGAGAACUGUGGUCCCGCGGGGUUCGUGAAUGGACUGGUAACCGACAUGGAGAAAUUGGAUUGCGAGGGAUCUGACAGACCUCCGAGCUUAUUUCAGUGUCGCGUCAAGCUCUUCCGGGAGUGGAGCAGCAAUUGGUCGCAGUGCGAGAAAGAUUCUUUGUUAGCAGCUAUCAAAAAUACAGAUAGCAAGUUUGCUGAAAUGUACGAGGAAAGAUUAUCGUCACUGAUGGAAGACAAACAGUAA